AUGGCACGAAUUUCAAUUUAUGGCGCUACUGGCUAUACCGGUCAACUGGUAGCGGCAGAAGCCCUUCGAAGAGGUGUGGAUGUGGUACUACUUGGUCGCGACAAGGACGCUUUGGCCAAGAUACCAGGUGCAAAGGAAACGAAAGCUGUGGGAUUGGAUGAUAUUAGUUCUUUAGCGGCAGCUUUUGAAGGAUCGAAUGUUGUCUUGAGUUGUGUGGCUCCUUUCUCUCAACUUGGAUCGGCGGUGCUCGAAGCGGCUAUACAAGGAAAGGCCCAUUACGUGGACAUUUCUGGAGAUGUAAAUUGGGUGAAACGGGUCCAUGACGAAUUCGGACCCAAGGCGAAAGCCGCCGGCGUCAUCUUACUUCCUGCCAUGACCGACGAUGGGGCCACGGGCGAUUUGAUCGCAAGGCUGUUGAUGGCUCGCUUACCGAACAUUGAGAGGCUGCAGAUGCAUCAUGCGUUCUUCAAUCUCACAGAACUGUCGAGGGGCUCUCUUUAUGCAUUUGCCGACUUUGUCAAAGCUGGACCUCUCUACUGGGAGGGGGGGGCUUGGCACAGAGGAACCAAUUCUCCCGCCGGUUCAGUCACCUAUCCAGGCAAUGACGGUACACAUAAUGUUUGGUUCGUGCCUGGCCCGGAAGUGAUCGGUAUUCAACGUCAUAUUUCAGCUCAGCAUAUCUCCGCCACUGUCAACAUGGAUACCGAGCCAGUCUUCGCUUCCCUGACUGGAGAUGUCAUUCAAACUUUACCUCUUGGUCCAACAGUCGAAGUUCGAUCUCAGGGAAGAUUCGUCUUAGUUGCAGACGGUACCUCAGCUGAAGGUGAUAAAGCAAGGGUUCAUGUUAGUGGUCGGGAUCCUUAUAAAGUUACAGCUGAAGUUUCCGUUGAAGUAGCUGUUAGGCUCGCCACCUUGGGAACUACGCACAGCGGCGCAGUGGCUCUGAGUGAGGUUUUCGACGCUGAGGAGCUUUUGAAUGCAUUUGACCUUGAAUGGGGAUUUGAUGCUUAG